AUGGCCUCGAAGGCAGAGAUGCCAGCCACCGAUGCCGGUACUCCGCCAGAGCUGAUCGAGAAGAAGCUGGUUGACGAGAGCAAGAGGGCCGGAGUCCCUGCCUAUCAGUUUGAUCCUGAUGCUUCACCUGAGAAGAAGGCUGAACAGGCAAGGAUGGCAAUUCCUGCCAGCCUGCAGAAGAAUGGCACCAAUGGAAUAAACGGGACAAAUGGCAUUAAUGUGAAGACGGCGGAUGCCGUUGCUCCAGCUACUGAUAUUGGGACUACAAAUGGCACCAAGAAGACCGGCCAGGUGGCGCGAGCAGACGAAGAAGACAAGCUCAAGAUGAUGGAGGUUAAAGAGCUCACUGAAGAAGAGAAAUUUGCUCCCGGUCGAACUGGAUGGGCUCCUCAUUUCGCUACUCCGGCUACAGAAGAAGGCGUUACUGAGGAGUCUGGCUUGCCCCCAACCAUCCUGGAGGGCAAGCUUGAUGACAAGUUCUUCGGUGGUAGGGCAUCCGAGCAACCCCCUUACUAUCUACAUAAGAAGCCUUGGGCUAAUAUCGGAUAUAUAGAUUGGUACCAUAAUGCUGCUGUCAUCAUAUUCGCCUGUCUUGCCUCAUGGAUUAUCGCCCUGCUGGGUGGUGGUUUAGGAUGGGUGUUCCUGGUCAUGGCCACCUGCGGUACAUACUACCGUACCUCCAUCCGUCGUGUUCGACGGAACUUCCGUGAUGAUAUCACCCGAGAGCUGGCCAAGAACAAGCUCGAGACUGACUCUGAGACGCUCGAAUGGAUUAACAGCUUCCUAGCUAAAUUCUGGCCCAUCUAUGCCCCUAACCUUGCUCACUCUAUCAUCUGCUCCGUGGAUCAGGUCCUUAGUACCUCUACUCCUGCUUUUUUGGAUAGUCUGCGUCUCAAGACGUUUACUCUGGGCAGCAAGCCACCGCGCCUUGAACAUGUCAAAACAUACCCCAAGACGGAACCAGAUAUCGUCCUGAUGGACUGGAAGUUCAGCUUCACUCCAGCUGACAAGAUGGACAUGACCGCCCGCCAGAUCAAGGAUAAGAUCAACCCAAAAGUAGUUCUCGAGGUUCGUGUCGGUAAGGGUAUUGUCAGCAAAGGUCUCGAUGUCAUCGUCGAAGACUUUGCUUUCUCCGGCUUGAUGAGAGUCAAAGUGAAAUUGCAAAUUGAAUUCCCUCACGUCGAGCGCAUCGACAUUUCGUUCUUGGGUAAGCCUGAAAUUGACUACGUCUGUAAACCCAUCGGCGGUGAGACCCUCGGCUUCGAUAUCAACUUCAUUCCCGGACUGGAGCAUUUCAUCACGGAACAGAUCCACGGAAACUUGGCCCCAAUGAUGUAUGAUCCGAAUGUGUUUCCUGUGGAAAUUGCCAAAAUGCUCGCUGGUAGCCCCGUCGACCAGGCUAUCGGCGUCCUGGCCGUUACUAUCCACGGUGCCAAUGGCCUCAAGAAAGCGGAUCAGUUCUCUAGUACCCCAGACCCAUACACCGUGGUUUCGAUCAACAGCCGGAAUGAGCUGGGCAGGACAAAGACUGCUUCUGAUACUUCUAACCCCAAAUGGAAUGAAACGCUCUAUGUUAUCAUCACGUCUUUCACCGAUGCGCUCACCCUGCAGGUAUACGACUGGAACGAAAUUCGAAAGGAUGUCCAACUCGGCACUGCAACCUUCGCUCUAGAGUCUCUUGAAACUCAGGAUGUGCAUGAGAACAUGAACCUUGACAUUAUGCAAAAUGGCCGUAACCGCGGUGUUCUGCAGGCAGAUGUUCGCUUCUUCCCAGUCUUGACUCCUACCAAGAUUGAGGGCGGAAUCAUUGAGCCUCCGCCAGAACUGAACACUGGUAUUGCCAAAUUCACCGUCGAACAGGCAAAGGAUCUUGAUGGCAGCAAGUCUUUUAUCGGACAGCUUAACCCUUAUGCCGUCCUGCUCCUUAACGGCAAGGAAGUUCACAUCACCAAGAAACUUAAGCGUACCAACAAUCCAAUCUUCCCCGACCCAUCAAAGGAAAUAUUGAUCAGCGAUCGUAAGACCGCCCGUCUUGGAAUGAUGAUCAAGGAUGACCGCGACCUUGCUACCGACCCUAUCAUUGGAAAGCACCAGAUCAAAUUGAACGACAUGUUGAAAUUGAUGGACAAAGGCAAAGAAUGGUUUGAACUUUCUGGUGCCAAAACUGGACGUGUUAAGAUGAAGCUGGAAUGGAAACCCGUUGCUCUCAAGGGCGUGGUUGGAAGUGGUGGUUAUAUUAACCCCAUUGGCGUCAUGAGACUUCACAUCAAGAGCGCUAAGGACCUCCGAAACGUCGAGACUAUGGGCAAAUCCGAUCCUUAUCUACGUGUCUUGAAGGCUGGCAUGGAAACUCGACGUACCGUCACUUGGUUGAACAACUUGAACCCCGAAUGGGACGAGGUCCUUUAUGUUCCGGUCAACUCUCCUCGUGAGAAACUUAUUCUCGAAGUCAUGGAUGAUGAAUCCAUCGGCAAGGAUAGACCACUUGGUUUGGUUGAAUUGGCUGUGGCUGACUACAUCAAGGAAGGAGAGGAUGGAGAAUAUGAAGUGCACGAUGAGAAGAGAGACUUAUCUACUCCACUUAAACUUGAUGGCCGUAGUAACCAGAAGGGUAUUCUAAACUACACCGUUGCCUUCUACCCAACUCUCAACGUUCUCGACCCUGAAGAGGAGGCUGAAGAGCUCGAGGCUCAGAAGGAGCUUGCAGCUGCCUCUGAAGAAGAUGGCAAUAAGAUGACCGAUGCUGACACUACUACCUUGACUGACGCUACCACUAAUGGUGCUCGCCCUAGCACUGACAGCGUAGGCAAUCUAACUAACGGUGAGAAGACUGAGAAGGAAGUACCAAAGAUUCGCCUUACUCCACAAGACGUGCACAAAUACGUAGAAUCUGGUUUGAUUGUCUUCAAGCUGGAGGAGGGAAAUUUCCCAUAUACAGGCACUCAGCUCGAGGUUUUGAUGGACGACAAUUUGUACCCAACUUAUACCUCUCCCAAGAUACAAUCUAAGCACAUGGUGUUUGCUGACGUUGGUGAUGCCUUUGUGCCUGAAAUGGAGUUCUCCAAGAUCACUUUGCGUCUGGUUGAUAAAUCUGACCGUCCUGGUGAAGACUCUGAUGAUAACUCGAUUGCCAAGCUGUCUGGUCCUACUCUAGCCACCCUCCAGCAGUGCUUGUACAAACCGACUGAGCUAGUCCUUCGCGGAGCUGAUGGAGUAAACAGCAAGAUUGUCGUAAGCUUGAAGUAUCUCCCUGUAAAGAUGAAGCUUGAUCCAUCCGAAAGCAUCAACAACAUGGGAACGCUCCGAGUGGACGUCCUGGAUGCUGCUGACCUUCCAUCAGCCGACAGAAAUGGAUACAGUGACCCCUACUGCAAGUUCAAGCUCGGCGACAAGGAAGUUUUCAAGACCAAAGUGCAGAAGAAGACCUUGCAUCCAGCCUGGAAUGAAUUCUUCGAAACUCCUGUCAAGUCUAGAAUUGCUGCCAACUUCAAGGCCGAUGUCUAUGAUUGGGACUUUGGUGAUAAAGCAGACUACUUGGGCGGCACUCCAAUCGACCUUACCCAGCUAGAGCCUUUCCAACCCCAGGAGAUCAGCCUCCCUCUCGACGGCAAGUCUGGUGCGAUUCGACUAAAGCUCCUCUUCAAGCCGGCCUACGUCACGCGGUCCCGACAGGGUUCAUCUACGUUCUCUGGAACGUUUGCUGCCCCAGGAAAGAUUGUAGGGGCCCCCGUCAAGGGAGUCACAAUGCUUGGAGGCGGAGUGGUCAAGGGAGCCUCCUUCUUGAAACACGGCUUCAAGCGAUCCAGCCGCGCCCACGGUGAUGGCGAAGUCGAGGCCGAAGCUCUUAGCAACAGCGCCCACGGCCACACUCCCAGCGUUGAGGUUUCUGCACCAUCCACCCCCCAACGUGCUUCAGCUCUCGCGGAUUCACCAUCUGGAUCCCCUGUCAUUUCGCACUCUAGAACACGCAGCAGCGCCUCCCAGGCUGGACUCGGAGUGUCCAGUAUUAAGGGCGAGACUGGAGCGGCCAUCAUCACCAUCGUGUCUACAACGGGUUACCCACGCUCUACCAACGUGCGAGUGGUAGUGAAGCAACAGACCAGCAAAGGAAUGAAGGAAAUCCACAAAUCCAAGGCUCACAAAGCUCACCACCACUCCGGAUCGGUAUCUCCCGACUCCGAAGCAAUCGUCCAGUUCGAUCCAAGCCACGAGACCAUCAAGAUCAACUCCGUCACCGCCGACGCCCAGUUCCAGCUUCAAGUCAAGGAUCACGCCGUUUUCGGAUCCGAUGACAUCCUUGGAGAAGCCCUCUUCUUCCUCGACGACCAAGGCUCCAAUGCCGGAAAGGAACGUAACGUCAAGGUUGGAAAUGGCUACGUUACUAUCAAGACUGUCUUCACGUCUUCGGAAUCCUCGUCUCUGAGACCAGGUACUUCCCACACCAAUGUUCCAGCAGAUGAGAGCACAGCUGACUCUCCAAAGCCACGUAGAAGUUUCCUUUCCAAACGAAGCGUCAGUGGCGUUAGCAACUCGUGA